AUGGCCGGAUCAAAUCUGUGCCCCUUCGGCCUCAAGCUCUUCCACAAGGUAGAGAGGGACUUCUACGGCCGUCUGGUGCAGCAACUCCGGCAGGACAGGGAGCGAAUGAAGCUGGUCAUGGCGCUGUGGCUCUGGUUCGAGUCGAUCGGGCACCACGACUUCAUCAGCCGGGUCUCCUCCGUGCACGACGCCAACGUCGUGCUCGGCUUCGUCGCGGAGGCCGAGGCCUGCCUCGGCCGCCUCCUCGUCGGCGACGGAGGGAGGGGUGGGGAUGGCGACGAUGGGAUCCCGCUCACGGCCUCGCUCAUGGCCCCCGAGGAGAUGGACCUGCGAUUCUUCGACUACCACCGCCAGCACGCCGUGAAGGGCAUCCAUCAUUUCUUCCACAACGUUUGUCAGGUCAUACUCGACGACGUCGGCGGCGGCGGCGGCGGCGCGAGCGCGGUGCAAGGUGCGCCGUCGUCCCCGGCGCCGCCGCUGAACCCGAUGGCCAAGCCUUGGUCGCCGGAUCAGGCCAACCAAACAGCAGAGGACCAGAGGUCCAUGUUCAUCACGUUCUCGAGGGGGCACCCGAUCUCCAGAGAGGACAUUGUCGAAUUCUUCAGCGCGAACUACGGGCCGUGCCUGGAGACGGUGAUGAUCGAAAAAGCGCAGGCAGGGCAGCUGCCGAUGUACGGGCGGUUGGUGUUCCGGAGCGCUUCGAUGAUCGCGAUGGUUUUGAACGGGCAACAGACGGCCAAGUUGUUGAUCAAAGGCAAGCAUCUAUGGGCCAGAAUGUACAUCCCUCGGCAUCCGGUUCCAUGA